AUGGGACUUACUGGAAAGUUACGAGAAUUUCCUGGAAAAUUCCGAGAGUUGGCCUUCCUGGAAAGUCCCGGAAAUGGGGACUUCCUCGAACGUUCCGAGGAUGGGAUUUCCUGUUUUGAAAGAGUUUUGAAAGAAUCAAGUAUUUUCUGGGAGCCAAUAUUUCUGGAUGUUUUGGGAACAUGCCACAGUGGUCAGGUCAAGCCAUACUUCUUAGCAUAUAAACACAUAAGAAGUUAUCAGUACAAGGUCAGACAAGGUUUUGGAGCAUAUCCACCUGAUCAACUAAAUGAACUGGUUGAAAGACAUGUCACAGAAAUUGAUGCUUCCGGAAAAAUCACUGCUCCACAGUAUCCGUUGGCAGAAACCAAAGAUCCAAUGGAAAUGUUCUUCAACAGUAAUCCUAAAACAGAAGAGUAUACAGCCAAGGCCACAGGAUCUGUCAUUACAUUGGACACCUAUGAAGUCAACUUUGGGCGUCAUCUUGGACUAAACGAUACCGUGGAAAAGGAAAUAGCAAUAACGAAUCAUAGCCUUGGAAAAGUUGUUACACAAUGGACAAAAGGUUCCAGUUGUGCAUUUACUGUAAUUCCGCUCAGUAUUGAAAUCCCAAGCAACAAAUCAGCAACAGUGAAAAUUAUUUUCACUCCUAAUCAACCUCACCUAUUCUAUGAAAGUGAGUUGGAAUGUUUUGUGUAUUUCAAAUGCCUACGAAGCUACCACAUAGCAAAGGAUAACACCAUGUGUCCACCAUUCUGUGUAACUGUAAAUUGUUCAGGAAAUACUUACCCAGUUCAACACCAAAUGUUUGUACCACAGUAUACACUCCAAGAUUCAGCAGUCAUAAGGUUUCCUUCAGUUGACAUGCAAAGCUCAGGCUACAAGACACUGAUAAUUUGUAAUAAUGGUUCUUCACCUUUACUGUAUCAAUUUGAUAAAGACCCAAACGGAAUCCUUAGAGUAAGACCUUCAAGAGGACUCAUUACAAAAGGACACCAAAUCUUUAUUCUGAGGUUCUCUCCACAAGAAAUUAAGAAAUAUCAUGAAGAGAUAAAAAUGUGCUUCAAUAAUUGUCCGAAAUUUUAUCGGCUGGAAAAAGCAAGCAAUCCUGUGAUGGACCAAUAUCCUGUCCAACAGGUUUUAACUGUUCAUGGCUGGUGUGAAGAACCAGCUGUUCAGCUGGACAAUGAUAAAAAGGUUUACUUGAAACCAACAUGCAUCGGGACCAAAUCUGAAGCUCUAUAUUCGUUUAAGAAUGUGACUAGCAAAGUCCUUUGUUAUGAUUGGUACUGGCAGAAUGCAGACAAUGAAUUUAUAGAAGUAUGUUCCAAAAGUGGGAAAGUGUUGGCAAAUGAAUCACUGUGUAACAGAUUUAUAUUUUCCCCGACUGUUGUGGGCAAGAAGACUUUUCUGCUAAAUCUGUUCAUAUGGCCUGCAGAAUGCCCCAGAACCAAAGACAUUACUACCUGUUACGAAAUAAAAGUUGUUGGCUUUGGAACAAUUGGUGAACUAGCAAUUGAACCAAUUUAUACUAAUUUUGGUGAUGUUAUAGUUGGCUGUACUGCUGAUAAAGAUAUACUUUUAUACAACCCAAAGAACUGUGACACACACUGCAAACUUUUGCUCAAACAAACGAUGGAUGGAAUUGACUUACCAUUUGAAAAAUGCACAGCAAUACAGCUCAGUGAACAAGAACUUGUUAUGGCUGCGAAAUCAAAACAAAUCCUCACCAUAGUCGUUGUGCCGCCUGCCCAUGGAACAUUUCAGUUUACCAUUUCUUACAAACUCAUACUCAACGAAGAUGUCGUAAAAGACCCAAGUGCCAUAGAAUACAAGCAUUUAUGCCAUCUCUUGAUGACAGGCGUAUAUCCACUAGUUACUGUAACUGACAUCCAGGGAAGACAAAGUGCCAGAGGGAUCAGAAAAAGGCGACUGUGGAGUUCGUUUUCUAUUGAUUGCUUCAAUUCUUAUUUGCACUCGGAUCCAUCUUACCGGGAACUCAACUUCUCUGCAGAAAACCAAAAAACAACAGACAAAUUUCCAAAUUUUGAAACUGAAGCUAUUGUUGAUUUCGACUUCGCUGCAGCUGCACUUGGAAGUCCCUCUUCAGAGUUCAUCAUUAAGUUCCAGAAUGAUGGUAUCAUUCCAGCUGAAUGGGACUUCCUUUUUCCUGAUGACCUGACCAUGGAAUUGGAGCCCUGGGCUGAUACAGGACCAGCUAAUGAUGAAGAAUCUUGUCUGCUAAAGAUCUUGGAAGAGAAUAUCUUUACAGUAACUCCACAGAAAAGUGUUGUCCAGCCCGGUGAGUCAAUCGAUGUAAGGCUAUCUUACAACCAUACUCACCUCGGAACUUACCGUCUUCCAGUGCUAUUCAAGAUGAAAUAUGGUAGAGAGAUCCUUAUAAAUUUCGUUGGCGUAACAGUCGAAGUCAACAUGCCAUAUAUACAUUUCAACUCUCUUCAGCAUACUUUCUCUCCUAUGGCAAUUGGAACCGAAUUUCAACCUAAACAGAUUUACGAAUUGUAUAAUGGUGGAGCAGUAACUGUCAAAUAUAAAGUUGACACUCAUCCUCUGAAGUUACUUAACGCGCUAAACUAUAAUUAUCCAAUAUUUGUCUGCAAUAAUCCCACGGGUGAGAUCGAACCAGGUGGAACAGCAAUUGUGGAAUGGAUUUUCUCUCCACUGGAAAGUAAAACAUAUUCAGUUGAUAUACCAAUUUACUUAGAAGAGGGAGAGACAGUUCUGGUGAAUUUUGUCGGUCUAGGUUACGAUGCCAACAGAAUGGGCAAUGCGAUGCCCUACUCAACAGUAUGUGAUGUUUCGACCCCUGACAAGCAGUUGAUCAAAUUGCCAGAUCAGUUCGUGUUUCUAUCUCUCCAGAAAAUCGCAUUUGGCAACAUUCCUCUCUUCUCAAUGUCAAGACGGAUUUUGUUUGCAAACAACUAUAGUUCUGAACGGAACGCAACUUUAGAAUGGCAUCUCAACAAUGAAGCUAAUGAAGAGCUUAUAACCGUAAUUCCCAGAAAGUAUUUGCUGAGACCAAAUGAAAGUGUGCUAUUUCAGGUCAUAUUCUUAGACCGAAGCUCCCCUGCGUUCUAUGAAAUUCAGCUUCUCUGUAAGAUAACCGAUGAAACCGAAGUACGAAGAUACAAACUCGAACUUAAGCAGUGGACAUUGGAACACGAAAGACAGCAGAAUGAGUUCAAAAUUACAGAGGAUAACCUUGACAUGUACACUCCCGAUUUAGAUAUCGACGAGCUGUACGUCAACAGUAAAAGACUAAAACAGCUAUUGAAGCCCCUUCAAGACUUCCCUGGUGACUUGAUGGCGAAAUAUAGAACCUUGCCACCAAUUGGUCAAAGCAGAGAAUCUAAACAUUUAAUUACGAAAAGUUACAAAAAUUCUGAAACACUACUUUGGAAGAAACCAGUGAUGCCGGCUUGUUUGGAACUGCCAGUAUCAAUCUCUGCCCGGACAUUAAGCCCUGAAGAAUAUGAAAUUCUUCAUCAGAAACGUUACCGAAGUUUUUUGAUAAACAAAACCCAUUACAUUUCCUCAACGACGCCAACGAGAGUUAAUUCGAAGAAUGUAAAAGCCAAGAAACGAAAUUUGAAACACCAUAUAUUAACGAAAGACCAUGACAAUACCAAGAAGUGUCUGAAAGUAGAAAAAGAAAUAACGUGUCGGAUCCUCAUUGAUAUUUUAAGAGGCUUGCUCAGCGACUCUUAUUUCAUAGAAUCUCUGCUUCAUAUGAAAAACGAGAAGGUGUAUUAUUAUCAACAGUUUGUUUCAAUUCCAACACGACGCUAUGAACACCACUCUCAAGCGGUAGCGACAUCGCCAUAUCACGAGGACGUGAAAAUCCCAAAGCGAGAUCAUGUGGAUGCAGAAAUCGUAAGGAACAACGAGAUAAAAGAUUUCCGAGAUAGAGAAACACCAGAGAGGUCACCAAGUGCCGUAUUCUCAAGAAGUUAUUCUGCACCACUUUGUCCGGAAUUGUUCAACUUUUUCAAAUUGGAUAGAGAAUUUAGAGAAAAACAGGAAAUACAACACCUUGUGGAAUUCAACAAUUUCGUGGAGUUGUUUUUGGAUAGUUGUAUUUUUGGUAUUAUGGACGAAGCAAUGCGUCGAAAGUUCAACAUCACAGCACCGUCCCGUUUUAUUGCACUCCCUCGAAAAGCAGAUACUAACCACGAGAAGUAUAAUAGCCAUGGAGACAAUCACCUAACUGAACACCCAAAUGACGUCAGCCAACCAGUGACAAAAUCAUUUUAAAUAAAACCAACUUCUUAAGCAUAUGUCUAAAUCAUGAACCAGCAGUUGUAACUUGUUUAUAUAUUUUUCCUUGACAGGUUCUGUGGAUUCAUAUUUUAGAAAUAUCAUCAUUGAACGCUGAAUCCAUGCAUUUGUACCUUAUUGUUGUAAUUAUUGACAUUUGAAGAUCGGGAUUUAUUCAAGCAAAGGUAUAUAUUAACUGAUAACAGAGGGAGAAUAAAUGUUAUACUUUCUUGUAAA